GGGGAGGGAAUUGAGAGGAGGGACUCAGCCGGCGCUGCUCUCACUGAUCUCGUACUCGGAUGAAGUGCGGGUCCCGGUCCAGGUCCCAGUCUCUGUCGCUGGAGUCCGCACCAUGAGUGAGCUGUACGUCGUGCACGAGGGGUUCCUGUUCCCCAAGCACGUUAUCUCGGAGGAAAGCCUGAGAUACGCCUGGGAGGAGUUCCAGGUCCGAGACGAAGACGUUUUCAUUGUCACCUACCCCAAAUCAGGUACAACAUGGAUGCAAGAGAUAGUGCCUCUGAUCUUCAGCAACGGCGAUCUGACUCCAGUGCUGAGCAUUCCAAACUGGCAGCGGGUACCGUGGCUGGAGCACAACUUCUGUAAAGGCCUGCUGGAGGACAGACCAUCACCUCGGCUGAUUACAACGCACUUUCAAAGGCACAUGUUGCCAAAGACCUUUGAUAAGUCAAAAGCAAAAGUUGUAUACAUGGCACGACAUCCAAAGGACGCUCUGGUGUCGUCUUUCCACUAUCACAAUAUUGCUGCCUUCUUGGACAAUGCAGGCAGAUUCGAUGAGUUCCUUGAUAAGUUCUUGGAAGGAAAAGUAAUGUAUGGUUCCUGGUUUGACCACAUUAAAAGCUGGUGGCCAGUAAGAGAUCAGGAGUACUUCUUGUUUCUGACCUACGAAGAGAUGCUGCAGGACACACGGAAUACUGUGACAAAACUUGGGGAAUUUCUGGGGAAGCAGCUGAGCAGCGAUACGAUUGACAAGAUUAUAAGCCAAACCAAGUUCAACAACAUGAAGCAGAACAGCAUGUCAAACUACAGCUUUGUACCCUCGGACAUCCUCAAUCAAGAGAACAGCAACUUCUUAAGAAAAGGUAUUGUUGGAGAUUGGAAGAACCAUUUUACCCAAGCCCAGUCUGAAUAUUUUAAUUCAGUGUUUGCCGAAAGAAUGAAAGGAUUGAAUUUUCCAUAUUACAAGGACUGAAAGGACAAGAAUCGAUAUCCUGAAUUAACUGCAGACUUCGUAAAAUAUUUACUUAGCUUUUCUCACUACCGCUAAAUCUUAUUCACUUUGCAAAGAAUUGUAAUGUGUCAAUCAUGCCUCCCAUUCUUUCUGUACUGAUGGGAUGUCUCCCAAAUGAUUCUCUGUACAACAGAUGUGCUAUUAAAAUUUUUGCCUACA